GUUUGGAAUAUGUUGAGAAUAAAAAUAGGAGAAGGAGAAGCAAGUUGGUGUCUCCCAAUCCAGAUUUCUGCGAAAGUCAGAAGACACUAAAUAGGGCUCAACCUAAAGCCAAGUCGCCCAUAAUUCUUUUGUCCCCAUAUACACUCUCACCCCACCAUCAAUUAAAGCUCUUUUCUUCUCUUCUCUUCUCUUCUAACUCUUCCACCACAAAACUAAGCUAAGCAAAACAGAGAGAAAGAUGAAGAUCCAGUGUGAUGUAUGUGACAAAAUGGAAGCCACAAUCUUCUGUCCUGCAGAUGAAGCUGCUCUUUGCCAUGGCUGCGAUCGCACCAUUCACCACGCCAACAAGCUUGCAACCAAACACCCUCGUUUCCCUCUCAUCUUCCCCACCUCCAAAGACUUCCCUCGCUGUGAUAUCUGCCAAGAGAAGCGUGCGUAUCUAUUCUGCCAAGAAGACAGGGCAUUGUUGUGUAGGGAAUGUGACCUUCCAAUACACAGAGCGAAUGAGCAUACUCAGAAACAUAACAGGUUUCUUCUAACGGGGGUGAAGCUCUCGGCUACAUCUUUGGAUUAUGCUUCCUCCUCCACCAAUUGCACCGAUACACUCACUGCCUCUGAAGGAAAAAACGCUCGAUCUAGAAUGAACACACCCAGAUCAAUUUCCAAUGAAAAUCUCAGCUCUUCUUGCAAGGUUGAAGACAACGUGGGCAGUGACACUGGCUCGGUUUCAACCAGCAGCAUUUCUGAGUAUUUGAUCGAGACAAUACCCGGUUACUGUUUCGAAGAACUCCUUGAUGGUUCAUUCGCACCUAAUAAUGGUUUCUGUAAGAAGCAGAAUCAUGAUCAUCUUUGGGAGUUUGAGGAGCAAGAUCUAGCUCAGGGGUUAAGGAAAUUCCAAAUGGGGGAUGUUAUGGUUGUGCCGUUUCUUAAACUAGUUGUUCGAUUGAUAAAAAAUCUAGACCAACUACUUGUAAAAAUCUGUUGGGAAAUAUCUUCUAUGUUUCGUUAUCUGAAUUUCUUUUUGGGUUCUGUGCUUGCAUUCUUUUUAUAAACUUAUUCUUCGUUCUA